CGGCCAGCUGGGCUCGAGCCUCCCUCCAGCUCAAACUCCGCCUGAGCUCCGGGAGUGGCGGCCGCGGCUAGUAACUUUUCCCUAAGUGCGGGCGGGCGCAGGACUUAUGCACCCCGGCUGAUCGCGGCCCCGGCAGGGCAGCAGCAGCGGCUCCGAGCCCGCCCCUCGCCGGGCGGGGGACGCUGAGCGGCGGCGGUUGCCCCAUGUCCCGCAAGGCCAGCGAGAAUGUGGAGUACACGCUGCGGAGCCUGAGCAACCUGAUGGGCGAGAAGCGCCGGAGGCAGCCGGACGCCUCGGCCGGCUCCAGCGUGGCGGCGGCCGGGGAGCGCAGCCUGAUCGCCGCCGAGUCCUGCUCCAGCAUCAACAGCCAGGCGUCCGGCGGGGAGCUGGAGCGGGCGGCCCGGCGGCAGUUCCAGCAGGACGAGAGCCCGGGCUUCGUCUACGUGGUGUCGGUGUUCUCCGCCCUGGGGGGCUUCCUCUUCGGCUAUGACACCGGCGUGGUGUCCGGGGCCCUGCUGCUCCUCAAGCGGGAGCUCAACUUGGGCGCCCUCUGGCAGGAGCUGCUGGUCUCCAGCACGGUGGGCGCCGCCGCCCUCUCGGCGCUGGCCGGCGGGGUGCUCAACGGGCUGUGGGGCCGCAGACCUUGCAUCCUCCUGUCUAUGCUGCUCAUCGCGGGCGCCGCCCUGCUGGCCGCUGCCCAGGACAAGGAGACCCUGCUGGGGGGGCGCGUCGUGGUGGGGCUGGGCAUCGGUGUGGCUUCCAUGACAGUACCGGUAUACAUCGCAGAGGUCGCUCCACCCCACUUAAGAGGCAGAUUAGUUACCAUUAAUACUCUCUUCAUCACAGGAGGGCAGUCUCUUUGCGGUGUUGUUGAUGGAGUCUUCAGCUACCUCGCAAAGGAUGGAUGGAGGUACAUGCUGGGCCUCUCAGCAGUUCCAGCAAUUAUACAGUUUUUUGGCUUCCUGUUUCUUCCUGAAAGCCCCCGCUGGCUGAUUCAGAAAGGCCAGACUCAGAAAGCACGGAGAAUUCUGUCUCAGAUACGUGGCAACCAAACAAUUGAUGAGGAAUAUGAUAGUAUCAAGAACAACAUUGAAGAGGAAGAAAAAGAAGUUGGAGCAGCUGGACCCGUGAUUUGCAGAAUGCUGACCUACCCUCCAAGUCGAAGAGCUUUAAUUGUGGGUUGUGGUCUACAGAUGUUCCAACAACUGUCAGGCAUUAACACCGUCAUGUACUACAGUGCAACCAUUUUGCAGAUGUCGGGGGUUCAAGAUGACAGUCUUGCAAUCUGGCUGGCUGCAGUGACAGCGUUUACAAACUUCCUUUUCACACUAGUGGGAGUCUGGCUUGUUGAAAAAGUGGGCCGCCGGAAACUUACGCUUGGUAGCCUAACAGGUACUACUGUAGCACUCAUUAUCCUAGCAUUGGGAUUUUUGCUGUCAGCUCAGGUCUCACCUCGAGUCAGUCUUAACCCAACAGAUCCUUCAGGUCAAAAUUCUACUUGCACAAACUACAGUUAUUGUAAUGGAUGCAUGCUAGAUCCAGAUUGUGGCCUCUGCUACAAACUGAACAAGUCAAAUGUUGUUGACUCCUCAUGUGUUCCAGUUAAGAAAGAAUCUACAAUGGCAGCAGCAUGGGGCAGAUGUUCGAAUGAAACCAGAUUCAAAACGGAAGAAUUAUUUUGGGCAUACAAUUUCUGCCCUACUCCAUACUCUUGGACAACACUUCUGGGCCUUAUUUUAUACUUGGUUUUCUUUGCACCUGGAAUGGGACCUAUGCCCUGGACAGUAAAUUCUGAAAUCUAUCCACUUUGGGCUAGAAGUACAGGAAAUGCAUGUUCAUCUGGUGUAAACUGGAUUUUCAAUGUUCUGGUGUCGCUGACAUUUUUGCAUACAGCAGAAUACCUUACAUACUAUGGGGCAUUCUUCCUCUAUGCAGGGUUUGCUGGUGUGGGACUCAUUUUCAUCUACGGCUGCCUUCCUGAGACUAAAGGGAAAAAACUAGAGGAAAUUGAAUCUUUGUUUGAAAACAGGCUAUGUACAUGUGGUAUUUCAGAUUCUGAUGAAGGGAGGUAUAUUGAAUAUAUUCGGGUGAAGGGAAGUAAUUAUCAUCUGUCUGACAAUGAUGCUUCUGAUGUGGAAUAAUUUUCAGCUGCUGAUGUAUUAAUCAUUUAAAAGCCUUCUGGGGGAAGAGCAGCUGUUGGUGACCUCACUGCCCUGCUUCUGGUCUGGUUCUCUUUUCUACUGCCUAGUUACAAAUGCCUUCAUAUACUAAAAUACUUCAUUUGGGAGAAAAUUAAGUGUAAUAAUGUUUUCUGAUCAUGGAAAGUAAUGGUUUCCAAAGGGGAUUUAAUUCUUCGAUUGUAUGAAUUUACCUAUGGUGUGCAAUACAGGUAUCUGUGCAUUAUACCAAAUGAAAUGCAUACGGUGUACCAUACUAUAUAUCCUUAUCUUUCUUUGCUGACAAAAGUUAAAAUAAUGUAAUAGCUAAUCAGCAACCAAAUGACUCAUAAAAGUAGAAUAAAUCUGGGAACGGGCUGGAUUCACAAAAGAACUUUAACUUCUAGGCACCUAAAAAAAUCACUGGGAUUCACAAAAUUUGAGUUAAGCACUCAGGCUUCCUGUACAAUGACUGGUUGGAUAUAGGCACCUGUGAAUGGGAUUCACCAAAGCCAGCACACUAGGUGAAUUCCUAUAGCCAAUGGGAGAUGCCAGGGAGAGGGGGGUGUCGUAAGCUGUGUCUCUCUCUGAGAGUUUGGCACCUAAAUCCAGGCUGGAGGGAGGCAUCUCCCUCUCCUUGGGAUUCUCAGCUGCAAGCCCUCUCUUGGAGAUUCACCAGGAGUUGGGCAAUCACCUGAGAGGUGGCAGAUCCCUAUUUGAAACGCUUCUCUGUCUCAGGUGGACGGGCAACUUGAACCAGGGCACUCCCACAUCCUUGAUGAGUACCCCAGCCACUGGGAUAAAAGAUGAGUGAGGUGCUCCUCUGCAUCCUCCUCCUGUGAGCAUGCACCGAAGAUUGGGCCCUGCAGGCGAGUUAGGUGGAGGAAUUCUUAUCUUCCCCUGGUUUGUGCAGUGCACUGGGGCUUAGGUAUCCAGACACCUACAGGGGAGCCACAGUGCAUGUACUGAGAGGCACAAUAUCAGCACCAAGGGGAACUGUUAAUGCAAAAUCUUAGGAAUCUACAGGGUUUGGCAGCAACUGAGCAGGGGUUUUGCGAAUCCCAGUGGUGCCUGAUCCUGGGAUUUAGGUACCCAAAAUGGCAGUUAGGUGCCUAAAUCCCUUUGUGACUCUAGCCCUACAUAUUUGGUGUUUUUGUCACAGCAGCCCGAAUAUGAAAUAAGCAGAAUGAGAAAUCCACAGGAUGCUGUAGAAUAAUCACUUGAAAUUAUCACACAGUUUGAAAAUACAAAUAUCUUCUGUCUUUAUGGGAGAGAUGUAUCUCCUACAUUUCCCUAAUGGGAUUCAACUCUUGUUUCUUUGCGGUGAUAUCCAGAGGUCUGUACUAAAUUGCUCAGUGUUUCAACUCUAUUGGCACAGUGGAUGUCGGUUAUAUUACUCUAUCCAGCUAUUGAUCUUUGACAAUAUAUUAUGAUCAGUAGUUGGUAUUAGUGAGCUAAAUUGCCAAAGAAUGACCUGAAGCUCACAGUAAGGUGUAAUUAAACGUGAUUGCCUGGACAAAUAAACUGACAUAUAUUGAUAAGUGCCACUUAAAGGCCUUAAUUGGAAAGGUUAACUGGAAAAAAGAGAUUUUUCAUUCCCAUUUGUGCAUCUGAGCAUUCGGGUACGUGUCCAGUUUUGAACACAAAUAUCAGUUU